AUGGAAGUCACCAACCAGACUAAAGUGACAGUAUUCCUUUUUUCAGGACUAACAGAUAAUGAGGAACUCAUCCCGUUCCUCUUCGUGCUUUUCUUAGUGGUCUACACAGUGACCGUAGUGGGUAACAUUGGCAUGGUAGCUAUUGUGCAUGGCAGCACCAGCCUUCAUAGUCCCAUGUACUACUUCUUGUCCUAUCUCUCCAUGGUGGACCUCUGCUACUCCUCAGUGGUGACUCCCAAGAUGCUUUUCGACCUGUUUUCCAAUGUGAAGUCUAUAUCAUUCAAUGGCUGUGCCCUGCAGCUCUUCUUUUUUGCCGCCUUGGCAGUCACUGAAGCUCUCCUGCUCUCCAGUAUGUCGUACGACCGUUAUGUUGCCAUCUGUCAUCCUCUCCAUUAUGUCUCUAUAAUGACCAGAACUAAGUGUCUGGCUCUGGUCCUCCUUGCCUCAUCCACUGGCUUCUUGCAGUCCACAAUGCAAACUAGUUGCAUCUUCCACCUCCAAUUCUGCGGGCCGAACCUUCUGGAUCAUUUCUACUGCGACAUUCCUCCACUGCGCAAACUGUCCUGCUCUAGCACUCAUCUAUGCGACAUGGCAACAGUCUUCUUCACCUGUUCAUGUGGAGUUGGCUCUAUGGUGACAAUCUUGGUCUCAUACACUCUUAUCAUCUCCUCCAUUUUGAGGAUGAAGUCUACUGAGGGCAGGAAGAAGGCCUUUAGUACGUGUUCCUCCCAUCUCACAUGCAUCUCCAUCUUCUAUGGGACGGUCUUUUUCAUCUACCUACGUCCUCCUAACACAGGCUUUGGGAAACGAGACAAGGUGGUUUCUGUCUUCUACUCGGUCAUGAUACCGAUGCUGAACCCUCUUAUAUACAGCUUAAGGAACCAAGAGGUGAAACAGGGGUUUACAAAGGCCAUGCAAAAAUCAACCAUGACAAGUUCUGAGCAUGUUGGUCCUAGAGGUUUGUCCCAAAAAUGA